GGAAGCGGCGGGCCGGACUGGUUUCCGCCCUUCCUCAAGGUGGCGGCCCCCAGGAGCCGCACGCCAAGUUCCGCCGUGUACUCAGGCGCUGUUGCAGCAAUGGCGGCGGAGGCGAGGCUGGCGUGAGCGGUGGAGGUGCUGUGCCUUCUGGGCCGAAGUUUCUCAGCCACGUGGCUCUUGGUUGUGGGCACUCUCAGGAUGUCGGAGGGCAGCUCGGCGGGGGAACCGGGCCCCUCCGGAGGGGGCCGUCCUUCUCUGCCCGGGGCCCGGGGACUGAUCGGGCGGCGGCCCGCGGCCCCUCUAACCCCGGGCCGCCUCCCCUCCAUCCGUUCCAGAGACCUCACUCUCGGGGGCGUCAAGAAGAAAACCUUCACUCCUAACAUCAUUAGCCGGAAGAUCAAGGAAGAGCCAAAGGAAGAAAUAUCAGUCAAGAAAGAGAAACGAGAGAGGGAUCGAGAUCGACAGCGAGAUGGACAUGGUCGAGGAAGGGGUCGUCCAGAAGUGAUCCAGUCCCACUCCAUCUUUGAGCAGGGUCCUGCAGAAAUGAUGAAGAAGAAAGGCAACUGGGACAAGACAGUGGACGUGUCAGACUUUGGCCCAUCUCAUAUUAUCAACAUUAAAAAGGAGAAGAGGGAAACAGAUGAGGAAACUAAACAAAUUCUGCGCAUGCUGGAGAAGGAUGAUUUCAUAGAUGACCCAGGGCUCAAGAAUGAUACACGAAACAAACCUGUACAGCUUCCUCUGGCGCACUCAGGGUGGCUUUUCAAAGAAGAGAGUGAGGAACCUGAUGUUAAACCCUGGCUGGGGAGAGCCAAGGAAGAGAGCAUGGAGGUGGAUGUGCCGGCACGGAAAGUGAAAGAGGAACCACAAGAUGAGGAUGAGGCCAAGGCAGCGGCCCUCUCCCGGCCCAGCCGAACGGCGCCUGGACUUCCUCAAGAUGUGUCCGUGGCAGACUUACUCAGGGAACUGAGCUUUGCCAAGGAGGAGGAGCUUUUGUUCCUGCAGCUGCCUGACACGCUUCCUGGUCAGCCUCCUACCCAGGACAUCAAACCCAUCAAGACGGAGGUUCAAGGAGAAGAUGGGCAAGUGGUGCUCGUGAAGCCAGAGAAAGACCGGGAAGCUAAACUGGCAGAGAACCUGUGUACACUGACUGACCUGACAGAGGGUCAGGUGGGAAAACUGCUUAUCCGAAAAUCGGGAAAGGUGCAACUGCUUUUGGGCAAAGUGACUCUGGAUGUAACAGUGGGUACUUCCUGCUCCUUUUUGCAGGAGCUGGUGUCUGUGGGCAUUGGAGAUAGCAGAACAGGUGAUCUGACAGUGCUGGGCCAUGUGAAACACAAGCUCGUGUGUUCCCCUGAUUUCGAAUCCCUCUUGGAUCACAAACAGCGGUAGAAUCAGACGACUAAGGGUGAAAGGGUACCAUUUGCUCUUUGCCCUAAGACUUUCAUUCCUGAACUUCUUUGGGAUCCAGAAGACCAUUCUAACCUGCAACUCCUGCCUCCGAUAAAUAUCAUGCCUCGCUGUCCAGAGAUUAUAAGGGUUCAAUGACUUCUUCUUCCCAAGUGGUGAUGAGCGGCUUGAUAGCCUUUGGAGAGAACAGAAAUAAUAUACAAAUGCCUGCUGCUGUAUUUAUGGGUUUGUGCCUGCUGUAUUUAUACUGUAUGUUUAUGUCUCCCCCUUUUAUACUGACUGUAUCCAUAUGUGCUGAAGGGCAGUGGAGACCCAAAUGGAGCCAUGGAAAAUAAGACUAUUUGUUUUGGUUUUCCUUUUACUUGACUCUCUUGGAGGGAAGUAUGGGUGUUUCCUGUGCCUCGACCUCCAGCUCCUUCCCCUAGUCCUUCUUUGUCAGCUUUAUCUCAAAGGAAAAGGCUCCAGCUUUACUCCUCUCAAGCAGGAAACACAGGAAAAUCGACUACUUUUAAAGGUCCUAAAUCACAAAAUUGUGCAAGAUACCCUUUUUGCCAUGGACUCUUAAGCCAACAUUUUGCUAGAGUGUAGGCUCUGUUGGAAGGCAUGAAUAGAGAAACUUCUGUCAACACA